UAUUUUAUUGUGAACUUUCGCUUCAUGUAGACUGGCUAAUUCCAGUUGUGUUCGUUUUUUGUAAUUCUUACUUGGGCCGAUAUUAUUUUACUCGUGUAUUAUUACAAAUUACAUAAAUUAAACAUCUUUGAAAUCUUUAAAAUGAGUUUUCAUUUUGCUGUAUGUGCCCUCAUUUUGACAGCCUUGACAGUCUCUCUGUGUGCUGAACAAAAAAUUACACAGGAUGACGCUACGAAAGCAGGUGAAAUACGAAUUUUCAAACGCCUUAUUCCUGCCGAUGUUCUAAGAGAUUUUCCGGCAAUGUGCUUUGCUUCUACUCGAUGUGCCACUGUUGAGCCCGGAAAGUCGUGGGACCUGACUCCAUUCUGCGGUCGAUCUACUUGUGUUCAAAAUGAGGAAAAUAAUACCAAGCUUUUGGAACUCGUAGAAGAUUGCGGCCCAUUGCCACUGGCAAAUGACAAAUGUAAACUGGACACAGAAAAGACUAAUAAAACCGCAUCAUUUCCUUAUUGCUGCCCCAUCUUUUCAUGUGACCCCGGUGUUAAAUUGGAAUACCCCGAGAUCGGAAGGGAUAAUGACAAAAAGAGUGUUGAGUGAUUAAAAACGAAUUCCGUUGACAUAUGAAAAUAUGUGUCAAUACAAUAAAGGCAUCUGUUUCUUUAUUCAGAAA